GUCAUUCGCAUUCCUUCGUUGUUCGUACUAAGUCACGCUUUGAACGGUCGCUCCAAAGAAAAGUUUAUAUUUUGUAUUCAUCAUCAUCUGUAUUUGGGUGUGGUGUACUUGUGCUUUGUAAAGUUUCUAUUGUUUGUAAAAUUAAAAGUUAAUUCAUAUUUAUUUCAAGUGCAAUACAAUUUUAAACAUGGUGAAUGCUUUAAGCUUAUCAAUACUCCUCGCAUUGUUAUGUUCAUUUAGUUAUGCGCAAAGAACACCAACUAUAUCCUACAUCACACAGGAGCAAAUCAAAGACAUUGGUGGGACGGUUGAAUUUGAUUGUUCUGUGCAGUACGCUAAGGAAUACUCUGUAGUUUGGAUUAAAAUGGACAGUGAACCCGUUUUUCUAUCAACGGGUAGCACUCUAGUUAUUAAGGAUUCACGAUUUGCACUCCGAUAUGAUCCAAACUCAUCAACUUAUAAAUUACAAGUCAAAGAUAUCCAAGAAACGGACGCGGGAACGUAUCAAUGUCAGGUAGUUAUUUCGGUGGUACAUAGAGUUACCGCCGGUGUUAAACUAUCCGUAAGAAGGCCACCUGUUAUUUCGGAUAAUUCGACCCAAUCAAUUGUGGCUUCCGAAGGCAAUGAAGUGCAAAUGGAAUGUUAUGCUGGUGGCUACCCAACCCCAACGAUAACUUGGCGUCGCGAGAACAACGCCAUCUUACCAACAGAUAGCGCAACCUUCACCGGAAACGUUCUAAAAAUAAUAUCGGUAAAAAAAGAAGACCGCGGAACUUAUUACUGCGUUGCCGAUAAUGGAGUCAGUAAAGGAGAUCGACGUAACGUAAACUUAGAAGUUGAAUUCGCCCCAGUAAUAACAGUUCCCCGCCCACGUCUUGGUCAAGCCCUUCAACACGACAUGGAUCUCGAGUGUCACAUUGAAGCUUAUCCACCACCAGCUAUUGUUUGGAUGAAGGAUGAUAUUCAACUUUCAAACAAUCAACAUUACAGUAUUUCACAUUUCGCCACGGCUGAUGAAUUCACAGAUUCAACUCUGCGAGUUAUAACGAUUGAAAAGCGACAAUACGGCGAUUAUGUAUGCAAGGCUGUCAACAAGUUAGGCCAAGCCGAUUCUAAAGUAAAUUUGUUUGAAACCGUUAUCCCAGUAUGUCCUCCGGCUUGCGGACAGGCAUAUUAUGGUGGGGCUGUGUAUUUACCAAAUGCUACAUUCGCUACUAUGGGAAUAUUAUUAGCAGCUCUAUUUGCUAGAUAAAUAACGACGUUAUAUUUUGCUAAAAUAUUGUUUUUUUUUUUAUAUUUUAAUUUUGUUUGGAGCGUAAAUUAUGUUUGUUUUUAAAAACAAUUGAUAGACAACAUGAAUUUGAUUAUUUUUUAAGCAUUCCCGUCCGCCUUUUGCAGGUUAAUUUUUAAAUUAAUAUCUCAUUCCAAUGAACCCCGUCCUCGAAUACGAAUCUUUAAUUUUUGUGUGAGAAUCUCAAGUACAUUCCAAUUUUUUUUACACUUUUGUGUUUUUUUAGUUAUUUUAUUUUAAUUUUUUUGUUUUUGUAACGACCCAAUUAAAGUUGUGAGACUUGAUAUUGCAAUUUAUUUUACAUCACAAUAUUAAAAGAAAAUUAUAAAAUAAGAUAACAAAUAGUUGUGUAAGGUAAUAAUAGUUUUAAGUAGUUCACUUAUAUUUAAGAUGGAACAUUUUAAUUAAAAUUCUAAAAAUAUUAAAAACAAAAACUUAGUAUAAAGUGAAAUAUCUGUGUUCAAACAUAUCAAUGCUAAAAUAAAUCAUAUGUAUCGGGCCCUUUAACACAGCCAAGAAAUAAAUAUUGAACAGCAUGUAAGCCCAUUUGGCUGAAAGUCACUUUAAGUUCUAAUUGCAUUGUGUAAUUAAUUGGUAAUAUAACAACCGAAUGUAAUUAAAAUGCACAGGCAGUAAUAAAUUGUAAUAUUUAAUAAUUUUUGGCGCUCGAUAUAUGCUUGAAAGCCUUUCAAUUUAUACAAUUUACAAAUCAGACGAAGUGAAUAAAUACAUUUAUACAUGUAUUAAAAUUAGAAUCAAAUUUAUAUAAUAAAAUCAAAUAUUUGGCCUUAUAAUUGAAAAUAAUAUACACAUUUUAUAGACGCGUUUAUCUUAUACAACAACUUUUUAUAUACAUUGCUUAAAAUAAACAAUUAUUGUGAAA